AUGCAGAGAGUACUGCAGAGGAACACCAGACAAGACGUCCCGAUAGAUGACAGGCUGUUUGCUCAGACUGUUUGCGCUAUAAGCCACUGGAACCAUAGCUAUAACGUUGGUCUACCCAUUGGAUUUGUCCAGGAAAAGGCUGCAGAUUCAAGGUUUUCAAGAAGGGAGAAUAGGUUUUGGAAAGGAAUGUCCUUUUUACAAGAAAACACGAGGAAGAAACAGUUUAUCGCAACUCCAGUGACGAAUAGAAGCGACAAUUCCUCGAGUGUUCCAAGUAUAAUUAAGAAUCGGGAAAUCCAACUCUCGAUACAGGAGGGUCUUGUGAUCUGUGGACUGAGGAAGCAGUACGUGGGUUUUGACACGUCGUCACAGGCAGUCACCAGGUUCCGUUACGCAACCUUCUAA